AUGCUCAUUGACCUCAAGCAAGCUGGUACUACUACUAAUGUCACCGACGCAACACAACCAGUCAUACUUCCAGUUCCUCCAUCAGGAGGCAUUCCACCUGCUGCUCCUCCAAGUGACGAUCACCUUAUUAUUGCUAUUCGAGAAAAUUUACUACUGGAAAAGAAAUUGGAUGGCCUUCGGCGUGAUGUUGAAGAACUGAAAAGGCAACAACUUUUGAAGGCAUCUGGAUCGAAGAUUCCCACCAUUCUGAAGUCUGCCAUCUGCCAUUCCGACGUCGUGGUACUGAUGUUAUUGAUUUUAAUGUUUUGCAUGGUUACCACUUCCGCGCAGUAUUUGCCCACGGCGGAGAAGAAAGUAGUUGUGUGUGGUUGCUGUAUAACAGUAUCGUGGCAGGACGCUUUGUUAAACACAGUUUUUGUGUUCAUGGGAAUCUUAGCGAAUCAGAUAAUCAAAUUGCAUCAAGACAAAGUUAAAUUGAAGAAGGUCAUCAAAGAAGAGAAAGAGAAGAAGGGAAAAGAAGAUCAAGCAAGGGAGACUGGGACAGGACGUGCAAUCGAUGCCGGGAGUGCACCGUCGAACGCCGGGGCUGGUGUCAUACCACAGUUCGCCGGUGCACUCCUGGCACCGAUUGCACAUCCUGUCCCAUCUGCCCCUCCUCCUAACACAUACUAA